GAGCCGGGGCGUGACAGCCGGGGUGUGUGUCCGCCGGGCUUGGUGCCUCCGGUGGCCCUGCAGCACCGUCCCACCUCUGCCACCCUCCGAUGGGGCCGCUACCUGUGUGCCUGCCAAUCAUGCUGCUCCUGCUACUGCCGUCGCUGCUGCUGCUGCUGCUUCGACCUGGCCCCGGGUCCGGCGAGGCCUCCAGGACAUUACGUGUGCACCGGCGUGGGAUCCUGGAACUGGCAGGAACUGUGGGUUGUGUUGGUCCCCGAACCUCCAUCGCCUAUAUGAAAUAUGGUUGCUUUUGUGGCUUGGGAGGCCAUGGCCAGCCCCGCGAUGCCAUUGACUGGUGAGUGCAUGCCUGGGACCAAGCCACAAAAUCCCUCACACUCUGGGGUAGUCAAGGCUUAUGAGGAAGUACCCAAA